AUGGGAUCUUGCAGUACCAAGGAUGAGGAGGAGGAGGAGGAGGAGGAGGAGGAGGAGGAGGAGGAGGAGGAGGAGGAGGAGGAGGAGGAGGAGGAGGAGGAGGAGGAGGAGGAGGAGGAGGAGGAGGAGGAGGAGGAGGAGGAGGAGGAGGAGGAGGAGGAGGAGGAGGAGGAGGAGGAGGAGGAGGAGGAGGAGGAGGAGGAGGAGGAGGAGGAGGAGGAGGAGGAGGAGGAGGAGGAGGAGGAGGAGGAGGAGGAGGAGGAGGAGGAGGAGGAGGAGGAGGAGGAGGAGGAGGAGGAGGAGGAGGAGGAGGAGGAGGAGGAGGAGGAGGAGGAGGAGGAGGAGGAGGAGGAGGAGGAGGAGGAGGAGGAGGAGGAGGAGGAGGAGGAGGAGGAGGAGGAGGAGGAGGAGGAGGAGGAGGAGGAGGAGGAGGAGGAGGAGGAGGAGGAGGAGGAGGAGGAGGAGGAGGAGGAGGAGGAGGAGGAGGAGGAGGAGGAGGAGGAGGAGGAGAAGGGCGUAUGGAUCGUACGCCUUGGGUCGGUUGUUUAUGCUCGGAAGUUCAGUGACUUUCAUCAGAGGAGGAUGAAACGGAGAACUUUCUAUGAAUGGUGGUUCCGGGAAAGUCUUGAGGUUGUUGGGAGCAUCUUAAACCCAAAGGGAAGAGAUGCGCAUGAAGCGUCCAUGACUUAA